GGGGAGCCCCGGGAGCGGGAGCGCGGGCCCAGCGCCGCAGAGCAGAGCGAAUCCUGAGCCCCGGCAGCAGGAGAAGCAGAGAGAGGGAUGCAGAUGGCAGCAACCACAUUCUCCACCCUGGAAGGACAGGAGGCACUGAUCCAAACUAGGACUGGACCCUAAAAUUGAGCACACAUACACCAGUCUGAUGACUGGGGAACCAGCAAAGGUGUGGCCAGAGGUGUGUCGCCUAGGUGGUUCUAAAUCCAGUCAAGUUGAUGAUGAGAAUUAGCCAUGAUGCCACUCCUUUCUGGUAGGUGGUAGAGCAUAAGAAAAGUGCCCCAAAGUGCAUCGUCACUACCCUGUUCUGACCAGAUGCACACUCGGACCAAGGGUAGGAGUAAGGGUCUGGGAGUACACUGUCAUAUUCUAGGGACUGCCUUCCACUGAACGGAUAAGUCAGGAACUACUCAGGCUACUUGGGGGGAAAAAAGAACAUUUUUCUAUGUGUAAGCAGAGUUGAGCCUUCCUCUUACUGCAUAGAUAGGGGCUCAGGACAUAUCAGAAGCAUUGUGAGAAGUCCCUGGGAUGGAGGGAUGGGCUGGGUUACUAGGUGAUCUGCAGAGACUUUCUGUCCAUAUCCAGGUAUGUUGUGUCCAUGACCUUGGUCUCUUUGUGAGCUAUGUAUCCCUUUAACUCCUCUACCUUCAUGUACCCUCUUGUACCCAUAAUGCAUUCUUUCAACAUAAGUUUCCUAAGAAGCUGUUGUUCCAGAUGUUGGGAAUAUGGUGGUAAGUAGAGCUGUGGGGUUGAAGUUUCUACUCCGUGGAGUGAGACCUGCUAUGAAGAAAAACAAAGGAGGCAGGAAAUGUAGUCAGGGCCUUCAGGUGUAGCUAUGGGCAAGGUCUUGUUAUUCAGGUGACUUUUGAAUGAAACCUGAAGGAAGCAAGAAAACAAGUUAUGGACACCAAAGGAAGAACAUUUCAGAUACGGAAGGGACCCAAAGGAAGGAGUGUCCUCAGCGUGUCUGAGGAAUGGGGUCAGUGUGGUUAGAAAAAGGAACUCGGGAGAAAUUAGAGAGGCUGAAGAGCAAGAUGCAGAACAUGGAGGCCUUCAUAUGCUGGCCAAGAUGCAGAACAUGGAGGCCUUCAUAUGCUGGCCAAGAUGCAGAACAUGGAGGCCUUCAUAUGCUGGCCAAAGUAGAAGCCAUUGGAGGUGGUAGACAAGGAAGUAACUUGCUUGGCUUAGGUUUUCCAAGGAUGCCUCUUAUGUGGAGGAUGAGUAUUGUCAGUGGAAUUAGGAUAGGCUAGGAAAUCUUCUACCUGAGAGACAGUGGGGCUUGAGCCAGGAUGUGGGGAGUGGUAACAUGAUAAGAUUUGGGGUGUACUCCCAAGUGAUGGCUUUGCUAACAGACUGGAUGUAGGGAUGAAAGGAAGGAGGAAUUAGUAACUCCAAGGCCUCUGGGCCUGAGCCACUGGAAGGAUGUAACUGACAUUAGUAAGACGGAAGUGGCAUUAGGGGCAUAUUAGAUCCAAAUGGAGAUGUCCAAUAGGCAACCUGGAGGUUAAGAUCAGCAAUUGAAGACAGAGAUGUGCCAUCAUCAAGUAGAGAUGACUGCCUGGCAGAGUAACUAUCAGCCACAUGUGGCCCCUGAAGUUCAGAGUGAGGUAAAAUAUCAAAUAGAGUUCCACAGUUAGACCCACUGCAUUUCCAGAACUUGAUAGCCACAUUCGAUUGGCCGGUGUGUGUGUGUGGGUGCCAUACUGAACAGUACCCAUGUUGAAUAUUUCCAACUUCCUGGAAGUUCUGUUGGAUGGGACUGCUAUGUUUGAGUCUCCGUAGCACUUGUGGAUGAAUGACGGAGAAAAGUGAUCAUUUAGAGGUUGGAGAGAAGUGGAAGAGUGGCCUGUAGAGGCAAGAUAAACUCCAGGAGAGAAUGGAUUCCUCCACGCCCAUAAAGUGUUAAAAUGGAGGGAAUAAGUGAUUGCAGCUCCUGGAAAGGACGGGACUCACCAGGUCAGUUGCUGCUGGGAGGUCAGUAACUGGCAGUAGAUUUAAUAAGUAGGUCAUUGGUGACAAGGCUGGUUUUGAGGCAACAGAACACAAGACUGAGGGAUAGAGUAGAAUAAAAGGAGGGAACAAACAGAAGAGGAAUAGAGGCCACACAUUGUCACACCUUUCCAAAUCAAUGUGCUCUGACAGAGCGGAAUAGGUGAGGCUGCCAAGCAACACCAAGGCUGCUCUGAGGAUCGGAGGAGUGAUGGAGCGUAUUGGGAGCACUUAGGAUCAGUCUAAUGGAGAGGAACAAACGGAUAACGCGGAGUGACGAAAGACAGUUGAGAGAACUGUGCAGAUUGUUGGAAGUGUGGAUGCAUCCUGUUCUCCUAUGGAUCUCUCUUUGAUCCCAUCUAAGAGGCCUUGUAAACUGUGGAAAACAUACUUUCUGGGGGCACUCUAUUUUCAUGAAUCUUAUAAAAGCUCCACUUGGAAAUGCUAAGAUCAGGCUUAAGGACAGCUGAACCCCACUAGACAUCAAGAAAGCCCUUGGCUUUGGUUGCAUCUUUCAACAUGACCAAUCCACAGCCUGCCAUUGAAGGAGGAAUUUCUGAAGUUGAGAUUAUCUCCCAACAAGUAGAUGAAGAAACCAAGAGCAUUGCUCCUGUGCAGCUGGUAAACUUUGCCUAUCGGGACCUGCCCCUGGCUGCUGUAGACCUUUCCACAGGGGGCUCACAGCUCCUGUCAAAUUUGGACGAAGAGUACCAAAGAGAAGGGUCUAACUGGCUGAAGCCAUGCUGUGGGAAGAGGGCAGCCGUGUGGCAGGUAUUUUUGCUCAGUGCAAGUCUCAACAGUUUCCUGGUAGCCUGUGUAAUAUUGGUGGUGAUUCUCCUGACCCUGGAACUUCUAAUAGAUAUGAAGCUUCUCCAGUUUUCCAGUGCUUCCCAGUUUGCCGGGGUCAUUCACUGGAUCAGUCUGGUCAUUCUCUCUGUGUUCUUCUCAGAGACUGUCCUACGGAUUGUGGUGCUGGGGAUCUGGGAUUACAUCAAGAACAAAAUAGAGGUGUUUGAUGGGGCUGUGAUCAUCUUGUCCUUGGCCCCGAUGGUGGCAUCCACUGUAGCUAAUGGACCCAGAAGCCCCUGGGAUGCCAUCAGCCUCAUCAUCAUGUUCCGAAUCUGGCGGGUGAAGAGAGUCAUUGAUGCCUAUAUCCUGCCGGUCAAGUUGGAGGUGGAGAUGGUCACCCAGCAGUACGAGAAAACCAAGGCCAUCCAAGAGGAGCAGCUGGAGAGACUGACGCAAAUCUGUCAGGAGCAAGGGUUUGAGAUUCGGCAGCUGCGUGCGCACCUAGCCCAGCAGGACCUGGAUCUGGCUGCUGAGCGGGAGGCUGCCCUGCAAGCCCCACACGUGCUCAGCCAGCCACGCAGCCGCUACAAGGUAGUGGAGGCCGGCACGUGGGCCGAGGAGACUGCGGCUGAGAGCAUCGUGGAGGAGAUGAGACCCUCUCAAGCUCCUGGUAGGAGUGCCACAGAUUUCACCAUAUAUCACAACUUCAGCGUCCCCCUUGCAGCACCAGCAUCCAGAGAAACAGCCACAGAGGUGCCUCUGGCCAGUGUGCCCUUGGUCUUCCCUCUGCCCAGCAGCAGGGAGCAGGAAGUGAGCCAGUCCCAGGGUUUAUCCUUGGAGGAGACAGGACCGGUGUGCUCCUGGACACAAGAAGCCACGGUGAAGGACGACAUGAACAGCUACAUUAGCCAGUACUACAAUGGGCCCAGCAGUGACAGUGGGGUGCCGGAGCCAGCGGUGUGUGUGGUCACUACAGCCGCCAUAGACAUCCACCAGCCCAACAUCUCCUCAGACCUCUUCUCUGUCGACUUGCCUCUGAAAGUCAGUGGCAACAGCACCUGUUCCAGUGCCACCGCGGAGACCAUCUCCCACUCCACCUGUGGCUCAGUCGCCAGGGCCCAGAGCGCCAGCAGCCAGACGCUGGGUUCCUCCACAGACUGCAGCACCCCCCGGGAAGAGCCGUCCUCUGAGCCUGGACCUUCUCCCCUGCCACUCCCUCAGCUGCAGGUGGCAGAGGCCACAGUCCAGGACCUGAUGCCCUCUCUGUCAAAGGACCCCUGCCCAUCCCAUAAGGCCUUGGACCCAGCCCCCCUGGCUCAGCCUAGCCCAGCAGUCUCAGCCCAGACCAGCCCUGAGCUGGAGCAGAGGGUAAGUCUGUUCAGCCAGAAGAAUCAGGAGGCCCUCCCUGUUCUGCAGAUCAAGCCUGCCAUCCACUUGCCGCCCACAGCCGGGCUGGAGGAGAAGUUCAGAUCUUUGGAAUCCAAAGAGCCAAAGUUGCAUAGGGUUCCCGAGGCCUAGAGAGCCUGCUGGCUUGCUGAGGGAGACAGCCAUCUGAAGCUCUUUCAAGACCCCAGAGGCCACCCAGGGCCACAAAUGGGGCUCAGGAUCCCGCCUGGCCUCCCUCAGGGUGCUGCCUGCCUCCAGGGAGGUGAUGCCAGACUGAGGCCAUGCACCUCAGACCUCAGAGUCCAGAGCUGGGGCCUCCCCUUGCCCUACUCAGGAGAGGGUGGUGCUCAUGGCUGGGGUUUGGGUUUUUUUUUUUUCAAACCAUUUUUACAAAAACCAGCCUAUGGUCCAGCUUUAGCAGGGUAGGGUUCGGGGCCAGCUCAGCCUAUUUCGUUGCCUUCGUUCCUGAUGCCUGCCCGGGAUUCUCGGGAACAGCACUGUGAGCAGGGGCUGCCCAGCCUCACCCCAAGGAAUGCUGGGGAAGCCGACACAACCACAGAGACCACAUUUGAGCUUGUCUCACCUCUCAUUUCAGCACGGACCUUUCCAAGUCUUCACAGGCCAUGAGGGGACAUAUCUGGAGGUGGGAGGGAUGCGGGAGGGCAGGGGCAGCCAUUUUCCACCCUGGCUUUAGUAAUAAAAACCAGCUGCACUGAGA